UUCACCUCACGCCGCCAUGGGGCUUAUCAGGAUUUUGGAGCAGAUGGUCUCCCCAGACUGCACCGAGCUUGAGGCGGCUCAGAAGUUCCUACACCAGGCAGCCAUCAAGAACCUGCCUGUUUUCCUUUGCCCACAGAAGGAGCUCGUGCCACUGCCUCCCUCCCCCGAGUGCCCACAAACCAACUGGCAGUUGCUGUCUCCGCCAUGCAGCGGCACCAUGAAAAAUGUUGUUGUUUUUAAAGAUUUGACUUACCCUGACCCACCCCCAGCCCUCAAGUGGCCAGGACUAUAAACAAUAUAUCUAUCAUUGAGGAUGACACGGACAAUAAUUGAGGAUUAAAAACAAGGGUCAUAAUCCUAUUAUAAGGAGAACAAUAAAUCUAGCAACCUCUUUGAAUCCUCUAGAGUGCCUGCAAGCUAGGGAUUUACCCACUGGCAACUGUUAAGAUCAGCCAUAGUCUUUCAAGACAGUGCAUCAUUGGUAUCUGACCAACUCACAGGAAGUCAGCCUUUUGUGCCAAGGUGUCAUUCAUUCACCACAACCAUGAACCUUGAACCUCCCAAGCCAGAGAUCAGAUCAGCCACUGGAGUGACUGGAGGGCCAGCCACCCCCAGGAAAGGACCCCCCAAAUUCAAGCAGAGACAAACCAGGCAGUUCAAGAGCAAGCCACCAAAGAAGGGUAUCCAAGGAUUUGGUGAUGACAUCCCUGGUAUGGAAGGCUUGGGAACAGAUAUUACUGUGAUCUGUCCCUGGGAAGCCUUCAGCCACCUCGAGCUCCAUGAGCUGGCACAAUAUGGUAUCAUCUAAAUAGCCUGCUAGAAAAGGAAUGACAUGUAUAGCAUUGCAUUGCCUUUUCAGUAGUCUGGGCAGUUCGUGACCUUCCCCUUAUUUAUGCCCCCAGUUCUGCAGAUUACUUAUACCAAUAGUAAACAGUUCUUGGCUCUCAGCAAUUGAUACAGCUAAAAUAAAACAA